CGGGCCGGGUCGGCCCCCGCACACCUGCGGCUCAGCGCCGAGCCCCGGCCCCCCGUUUCCUGGCCGCGCUCCUCCCCCCGGCUCCCCUGGGCCCCGCACGGCCAGAACCGCACGGCCCGGCCCGGUCGCUCAUUGCCGGAGCGGGACGCGCCCGCGGCGGAGGCGGGGAGGGAGCGGCGCCGGGCACCGCGAGCACCCGCACCCCGGCAUCGCCGCCGCCCCACCGCGGCUGGGCGGCCCUUUAACGGGCCCAGCUGGCGCCUCUGCCUGCUUAAUUGGCAGAGGUUAAUUAGGAGCCAGGGCUGCGGCCGCCUCCGCGCUCGCAGCCGGGCUGCGGGGCCGGGCUGGGCUCAACGGCAGCCGCGGGGAGCCCGACACGGCGCGGGGCCGUCGGAGCGGCAGCGGCUCGGGGUGCGAGGCACAAGAGUCCCUAGAAGAUGGGCGACUGGGGCUUCUUGGAGAAACUUCUGGACCAAGUCCAGGAGCAUUCGACUGUGAUUGGGAAGAUCUGGCUCACUGUGCUCUUCAUCUUCCGCAUCCUCAUCCUGGGCCUGGCCGGAGAGUCCGUCUGGGGGGACGAGCAGUCGGAUUUCGUGUGCAACACCAAGCAGCCAGGCUGCACCAACGUCUGCUACGACAAAGCCUUCCCCAUCUCCCACAUCCGCUACUGGGUGCUCCAGUUCCUCUUUGUCAGCACCCCAACCCUGAUUUACCUGGGCCACGUUGUCUAUCUGUCCCGGAAGGAGGAGAAGCUGAAGCAGCAGGAGAGCGAGCUCCGGGCCAUCCACAGCAAGGACCCAAAGAUUGAGCAGGCUCUGGCAGCUGUGGAGAAGAAGAUGUCCAAGAUCUACGUGGCGGAGGACGGGCGGCUCAAGAUCCGAGGGGCGCUGAUGUGGACGUACAUCACCAGUGUGAUCUGCAAGAGCAUCUUUGAGGCUGGUUUCCUCGUUGGCCAGUGGUACCUCUACGGCUUCUCCAUGGUGCCCCGCUACGUGUGCAAGAGGGACCCCUGUCCCCAUCAGGUAGACUGCUUCAUCUCCCGCCCCACCGAGAAGAGCAUCUUCAUCAUCUUCAUGCUGGUGAUGGGCCUCAUCUCCUUAAUCCUGAACCUCCUGGAGCUUUUCCACCUCUGCUGCAAGAACCUGCUUAGCAACAUCAAGAAGGUGUCAGAACCGGCUGUCCCGAGCCCGGACACCUUCACUGAUGCCAUGGUCUCCAGUCCCUACCCACCCAAGCACUACCACUUCUUGCCCAUGGCUGAGAGCCACACACCAUCCUACCAGCACUACAACAAGCUUUCCAGUGCACAGAACUGGGCCAACUUCCACAAUGAGGAGAACCUGGCGCUGGGCAGCAGCAGCAGCCAGCCUCUCUCAGACCCCUAUGCCCCCAGGACCGCUGAAGCCCCCGCUCCCGAGGAGAAGCUGUGCAGCCGGCCCAGCAGCUCGGCCUCCAAAAAGCAAUAUGUGUAGUGCUGGGCUGGCCCUGGCUGGCUGAGGGGACCUUCCUCUGUCCCUCUUGCCUGGGGAGGUGCUGGCUGUGGGCAGGCAGCUGCCUCCUGCCCACUGCUGUGCCUGCAGAGACUUCUUGACCCGGGAUGUGAUGCUCAGGAGCUGCCAUGAGUGCAGCUUCUGCUCUCUCCCAUUUCCCCCACAGACCCUGCAAGGAAGGAAGCCGCAGAAAGCUCCCUGGGAUGGUGUGUCCCGUGUGCCUUGUCGUGGGAAAGGGAGAGAUCCCCAGGGCCAAGCAGCUGGGAACAGGCUGUCCCCAGGGCUGUGGCAGGAGGCUGCUGCCCCUCGGAAGCUGCAGCUUGGCCGGGGCUGGCUGGAGCCGUCCCGGGCGUGUGGCCGUGGGAAGCCGCUGGCCUCCAGCCUCUGAGCCCGGGAAGCCUGGGGGGAGCUGGGCUGGGGCAGCGCUGUCUGACAGCUCCUGCUCACCAGCCUCAUCCUGCUCCUGUGGCCAGUGGCUCCUGCCCUGGGACUUGCCACAGGAGCUGCCCCUUCCCUGUGAGGCACUGGGGGGGGUUAAACCAGCAGCAGUCGUGACCAGCGUGAUCCUGAUGGCUGCAGGUCAUGGCUCUGUGCCCUGGGGAGUGUGAGCUCUCCAAGCCCUGGACCCUUUCCCAUGUGAUCUGUGUCUCUUAAGUUAUUUUUAACCUCCUGGGCUGAGCGUGGAGCUUUCUGCCUUCAAGUUGCAGUUGGUGGGGGGGGAUCUGGGGAGCUGUGUCCGGUCCAGGCCAGGCCAUGUGCUCUUAACCUGUGUUUUUUUGGGGAGGAAUUACCCUAACAACUGGUCUGGGGGGCUGUUGGUUUUAUUACAUUGCACUAAUGUCCUGCUGUGGGCUGAAGUGCCAGGGUGGGAGGGAAGUACCAGCUGCAGUUGCCCUGACUUCCCCAGCCCACUGCUGCUGCUGUGAAAGGGGAAGGUCCUGCUGUGAGCGAGGGGCUACGUGCCCACAGGGCUGUUUCCUUUCCCUGUGGCAGGCUCAGCAUUGCAUCUUGUUGAAUAAAAGUUGGAU